CGCAUCCUGGGGCGGCGUUAAACAAAGGGAAUCUAUACGGGAAAAAGUUAACAUCCCCAUCGUCUUCGUUUUUUCCCACUUCUUCCUCCACCUUUUCACCAUGACGAUAGCGGAAAAGCUAAAGACGAUUGCUAUCGAACAAUGGCUUGUGCUGCCAUUAUUUGUUGUGGGCGUGUUUGCUAGUGCCUUUCAUGCGAUUCCGUUGGUGACGGUACUCUAUUUCCCACUUUUGCUUUCUUAUGCACGCCAGCACUGGUAUACUGGUAUCAUUGCCUCUCUGGUCAAUUUGGCUUCGUUCUGGAUUUCCAUUCUUGGGCUUCAAGACGAUAUCUAUGGCAACGGCCGAUUUCAACACCCAUGGUGGAUGCUUGUGCUCGCGAUUUGUUGUUCUGUCAACGUCCUUAUUGCUCUGAUUGGCGAUUUCCUUGCAAGUCGUCACGAAUCCACCGCUCUACGCGUGCUUGUCUUUCCACUCUUAUUUGCAGGCUCAUGGUUGGUCAUUUUCGGACACUUGAUUGGUUUUGGCGACAGCCUCGCGUAUUCCAACAGCAUCUUGACUGGGUUUCCUGAUAUCGUGCAAGCUGCAACCUGGCUCGGCGGUCGACCUGCCAUCGACUUUGUGCUUGCGCUAUUUGCCACGAUUGUCCUGGAGUUCGGCCGUACCUCUUCUGAAAAACCAGUGUUCAACAGUAAUACCGACGAUGAAGAAGAACAGCAGCAAGAACACACUGCUCGUCCCAAGAGCUGGCUCUGCCAUCCUGCCACUUGGUAUGUCGCUUUACUGUCGCUAUUAUCCUUCUUUGGCGGCUGGCAAAUCAACAUCCAUCCAAAGUCAUUCUUCCAAAUCGCUUACCCUGACUAUGUACCGAAAACCGUCCCUGUCGGCUGUGUGAUUGGACCUGGUGGUAUUCACUGGCAAUUGCAAGCAGAUCACGACCGAUGGUUGAAUCGUUCCGCGACUCUUGCCGAUGCUGGUGCGAAAUUGAUCGCAUGGACCGAGGAGACGGCUUCCACCAAAUCCUAUGACGAAGAGGCUAGUUUGAUUGGAAAAGCACAAGCACUCGCCAAAGAAAAACAAGUCUAUCUUGCCAUCACAUACAACCAAAUCAUCCCACCCGACGUAUCUGAAAACAAGCUAGUGUUGGUCACGCCCGAGGGUCACGUCGCCAUCAAUUAUAAAAAGGCUUAUCCUGUGCCGUUCAUUGAACCACGGCCACCAGGAAAGGAUGAAAUCCAGUAUGUGGAUACUCCAGAAUUUGGACGUAUUAGUGCUGGUAUUUGCUUUGAUUUCAAUUUCCCUUGGUUUAUUGGUCAAGCCAGCAAGAAGAAUGUGGAUGUGAUGAUCGAAUCAUCAUGGACAUGGGGUCCCGAGGGAACGUACCACGGCAGAAGCAAUGGUCUACGAGCCGUAGAAAAUGGGUUUACUUUACUCCGGUGUGGAUCGCAAACCAUGUCCGGCAUUUACGAACCCACACUCGACGGUAUCUUCAGCCAACAUGUAGCCACCAUUACCGACUCAGAAUACUUGUUCCACUUGCCUAUCCAGAAACGCAGAAAGACUUUGUAUGGUUACACCGGUGAUCUGUUUGGAUUCGCAUGCUUUGGCGUGGGAUUAUUGGCAACUGUGUAUCUUGUCUUCUAUACCGUCGUUAAGCAUCGCCGUGGUGGUGAGAUCCAAGUGUAAAUCAUGUAUUUGUAUGUAAUAAUUAUUAACAUUUGUUUUGUAACAAUGAAAAGAGUGUUAUUUCCUCUUUGACUAUUAUUGGCGAAGUCUCAGUGCGUUCAAGUGGAGAGGAGGCGCAGAAUGUACAAUUAUGCUUUAGUUAAUCAACAACAGGAAAUUGUUGGAGACGAAAGAAAUCGGCUAUCAUAUAGCAAUAGAAGUACU